AUGCAAUCAAGGCUCGCGCUCCGCAGGGUCUUCCUGCUGCGUCCGACGAAGCCUUCCACGUCGGCAGCCAGCGCAACUAGAUUCUUCACUCGGCACACGAACUUGAGCUCGCGAAACCGGCCACAGCUACCCUUCCUAUCCAUGCCACUGGCCCGGAAUCGACAGCAGUUCAGAUACCUCACGACAGAGCGCAAGAGGUGGCUCGUCUAUGAAGUUGUUCUUGGCUUCAAAUACAUUGUCUACACCUGGGCUAUCGGUGCCUGUCUCUUGAUCGCCUACUACAGCGUUCAGCAGGAGUGGCUCGAGCGACGAUACCCAAGCCCGCACGAGUGGAGUUUCAUCACCCGACUGCGCUUCCGUCUGCUGCGCUGGGGCCCCGACCGUAACGAUACACCCGAGCCGAACUGGGUACAGAUUGGAAACUAUGCAAAGAAUGUGCUGGAGCGACUCGAGAGCACAGAUACGGAUGGCGCGGGUUUGCAGGAAUUGACCGAAGGCGGCAUCUACAUUGCAGAUGUGGGCAAGUCGGGCUACGACAUCACAGCCAAGAGUGAACCUUGGAGGAGAGGAUACUACGAAGUCCUCAUGUGCUGCGCCAAGGCGGCCGAGCAGUUGGACAACCACGUCCUCGACGCCAAGCGAGGUAUCGUGUUCCCGGCAGAGCAGGUUCACGGACCCUCGAACCCGAACCCGAGACCCAUUCCUCCAGGCUCGCCCGCCGCGCCGCAUGAAAAGGACUGCGAGCCAUUCUACGAUGCUCCCGAGACGUACUAUAUGCGCAUCCUGACGACGAGGGGUUUCACGAGCAAGCAAAAGAUGGAUUCUGCGCUUGAAUACGCCACCUGGCUCGACUUUAAGAACGUGCCCGAAGCCGCCGAGAGGAUGUACGAGUGGGCAUUGCAGCUAGCAACCGAGGACAUACCUCAGACUGCACUGCCAUACUCCACCACCAAUUACGUUCUGCAAGAGGACAAUGGCAGCAAGCCAUCUGCCAACUUACUCACAUCACUUACCGCCCUCGCAACGCACAAGGCUCGGCACGGAGACCUAUCCGAGGCCCUGCCCAUUCUAAUCUCCAUUCUCCGAGCUCGCCGUUCUCUCCCCACCACUGCCGCCAAGCACUACUCGCAACCUGGGGUCUCCCCCGAGGACUACCAGAGCCCCUGGACGGCAAGCAACAUCAUCGGCGUCGUGAAGCGCUUCGUCGCACCGCCGGCCUACCCGCCCCCGCCGCCCGAUGGCACCUUGCCUCCUAUCCGCGACUCCCAGGAGCUCUGCGAGGAGGCGGGACUCAACCUCUAUAUUGGCGAAAUCAUGUACGCCAGCCGUUCGGGCGCUGCUGUUCGCGAGGAGGGUCUCGCUUGGACGCGCGAAGCGGUCGAAACUGCCGAGGAGCAGCUACACAAACUAAAGUCGGACACCGAGGCGAGUGACGAGGCUACCAAGACUUGCCGCGAGUGCUUGGGUACGGGCCUGGAUAAUUGGACCAAGAUGGCCGCGAAAUUGGCCAGGGAAGAGCGAGAAAGGACAGAAAACCCAUCCGCUGGGGCCAGCAGCUGGUUUGGACUGUGGGGAGAUGGACAGACUAAAGUUGAAGAAGUUGGCCGAUGGGAGGCUGAAGAACAAGUGGUAAAGGAAAGAACUAGGCGGGCACAGGAACUGUUGGAUGAACUGGCUGCGCCCAAGUCGGGCCUUGGCAGUCUGUUCUGGGCAUAA